UCUCUGUUGCUGAGGGCGGGUUGAGUUACGUAGGGGAAGCUUCUGGAGACAGCUUAGUAGGCGGACCCGGGCUCCGGCCGGUCCUUUGAGCAAGUGGGCGCAGCCAAAUCGCGCGUGGCAGUGGACAUGGCUCACGGGUCGGAAGGCCGUGUGUCGCGGGGCUGCAAGCUGCCUCUCCUGCUCCUUCAUGUGUCUCUGCCUCUACUUCUGUUCCUGUGGCAUUCACCGCCCAGCGCAAGUUUCUUGCAAGUGAAGAUGGCAGGGACAACUCAGACUGUGCUGCUGAAUGACAAUGCCACUAUUUUCUGCCAAGUCUAUGGUGACCCCUCCCCAAACAUAACCAUUAUGGGUGUCACCUGGUUUUGGAAGAAUCCAGGGUCUGCAACAGAAGUUAAGCUAUUUGAGUUUUUUGGAGGCCAACAAAUGACAGGUCGACCUGGAGCCAUGGUGCCUCUUAAGAGUUUGGAGAGUGGGAAUGCCUCACUGCAGCUGCCAGGGAUCCAGCUGAGGGAAGCAGGAGAGUACCGAUGUGAGGUGGUGAUCACCCCUCACAAAGCAGUGGGACAAGUCAAGCUGGAGGUUGUGGCUUUCCCAGUCAGCAGCUUGUUUCCAGAGCAAGCCAUGGUGAAAGAAAAGCAAGAAACACUUAUUUUGUGUAUGUCAAGUGGGUUCCACCUUGACAACAUUACUAUUACGUGGAAAAAAUUAUCCCAGAAGGAUCCUCAGGAGGUUUUUGAAGGCAUUAUCACUAAUCACACCAUCGAGAAUGGUAUGUUUAAUGUCACUAGCUUCUUGAUGCUGAAGCCCUCUCUGGAAGACAAUAUGACCAUCUACCAGUGUGUGAUAUAUCACAAAUCCUUGCCUACCCCUCAGAAGCUCAAUUUCACCUUGACUGUGAUAGAAUCUGAGAAGACAGCUUGGAGUUUGAACAGUUUUUUCUACAUUGGAGCCCCCUUGUCACUUGCAGUGAUUUUGUUAAUUAUUAUUUAUCUUUUAAAAAAGGCACGACCCCAAACACGUCCCUUAUCCUGAGUCUUGAAAGCUUCUUCUCAAAACACCCAAACCUAUACAGCAGAGACUGAAGAAUUAAAAUGAGGUGCUGUCAUUAUGAUGCAUUCGUGUCUUAUUCACAUGGAGGAACCACUAGAACAUUGGAAGUUCUUACACAGAAACAUCAGAAACAAGGUUUCUCAGCAAAUGGAUAAGUAACUGAAAUUACUUUUCCUAAUGGCUUUAAUGGUUUGCUCAAGAGCAGACUGUUCAUUCUUCCUUCCUUAAUAGCCUUCUGCCAAUCAGCUCAUCCAAGAAAAAGAAAGCAAUGCUUUCCAAAGAAGACAUACAGAUAGCCAACAGAUACAUGAAAAGGUGCUCAACAGCACUAAUUAUCAGGGAAGCCAAAACCACAAUGAGAUAUCAGCUCAUACCUGUCAGAAUGACUAUUAUCAGAAAGACAAGAAACAACAAGUAUUGGUGAGGAUGUGGAGAAAAGGGAGCCCUAGUGCACUAUUGGUGGGAAUGAAAAUUGGUCAGCCACAAUGGAAAACAGAACAGAACAGUUCUAUCUGAAAAUAGAACUACCAUAUGACCCAGCAAUUCGACUUCUGGGUAUUUGAAGAAAAUGAAAACACUAACUCUAAAAGAUAUAUGCGCCCCUAUGUUCCCUGAAGUAUUAUUUACAAUAGC